UUUUUUUACCAACAAACCAAACCCUUCCUCUCAUAUACUACGUUUUCUUGUGAACGAUAUCUUACCUUAUUAACACUCCUGGUUUCGCAUCGAAGAAAGAGAGAAUAUGAGCAAGGUUACCGAGAAAUUGGGCGUCAAGAUUGAAACAAACCCAUCUGAGGAAAAACUCACUCAACUCGGUGUUAGGCAAUGGUCCAAAUGGGGCUGUCCUCCAAGCAAAUUCCCAUGGACUUAUGAUUCAAAAGAGACAUGCUAUCUCUUAGAAGGAAAAGUUAAGGUAACACCAAAUGGAGCAAAUGAGUCGGUUGAAUUUGGUGCUGGUGAUUUGGUUGUGUUUCCUAAAGGCAUGAGUUGUACUUGGGAUGUUUCUGUUGCUGUCGACAAGCACUAUAUCUUUGAAUAACUCUUAAAUGCCGCAACAACCGAAAUGGAGGACUUUCAUGAAAUUAUUUGGCAUUAAGAUUUUUAAGUGAAAUAUGAACUUUGACUUGGUUGAUAGAUUUUGUUGCUAAAUGUGUCUAUCUUGCUCUUAUUUUCUCAAAUUGUGUUAUUUAUUUUUUAUGUGACAUGUAUCACAAAUUAAUACUCAAAUUAAUCUGUCUAUUUCUUAUUAA